AUGUUCCAUGUCGCGGGCAAGCUGAUCCUACCACCGAAACCGUUGGAGGCCAUAUCAGGGGAUCUCAGGAGACUGCACGACCAUGUGUUGUCGAUUGAGAUAAUCCUACUAGCCUCGAAGAAUCCAGGAUAUCCGCUAUACGCGGUUCAUGUGCCUGAGGGGAAGUUCUACGUCGACACACGACCCGCGGAGGUGUUCUUCCUGCGGUUUGAGCAUAUCUUCGAGAUGUUUCUGACAAGGCAACUCGAUUUUACAAUCGUCCACCCUUUUGCGCUACAUAUGAACUCCGUCAUCACGAGAGAACAAGUCUCGCAAACCUGUGUGGCGAAUCCAUACUACAUGGACGAGUCCUUGAGUCUCGGCGACUUUGAGCGUAAAACUGCUAGGGAGUACCUCAAAAACUUCAUGAUAAGGAAUAAGGACCAGGAAAUUGUCCUCCUGCAUUAUCAUCCAAACAACGGAUGUGCCAUCCUUAUCGUUCUUUACCCGCGAGUCUCCCACGUCGUGUAUUUCGACACUACCAGAAACUACGAGAAGAAGGACUACACCCAUGUAAUGAAUAUUCUAGAUGAUGCUCUCCACGGCUUCAGCUUGAGGGGUGGCCACCUGCAGAUCAGGAAACAAAGGAACCACAAGCCGGGUUUCUCACAUAAAACUAACUUCUGCUGCAUCCAUGUCCCGAAACCAAGCAGGAACGAUGGAUUCUACCUCCUCCAUCUCAUGAUGGAGUUCAGAAGGGAUCACCAACAGCUUCGCAUGACAACCAAAAGCGAUGAUCAUAUCCGCAAGUGGGUAGAAUCCCAAGGAGAAGCGGAUUAUAAACUUAAAGAUGACUUUUUCACAUCCAGAGGGACAUUGCGACGAUCAUCAUGAAAGAAAUCGUCGGAGAGAAUGGGGUGUUCCACCACGGCCCUAUAUCGCGAGCUGACAUCCGAACUCGCAUAGGCAUGCAACGUCAGGACCUCACGCGGUUCAAGAAGCUAGGGUGCAUCCUCGAUGAUAUGGAUGGAUGAAACUUCUAGUGAUUUACGAUGCCGAUGAUGAUGAUAUGUGUCGGUUGAACUUGUAUAUUUUCUAUAGCGAUGAAACAUUGUGAUGUCCACGGUCCCUGCCGAACUUGUGUAAUGCUACUUUGUUAGUUUGGGUACGAUGACCUGCGUACCUCUAGUUAAUUAGUUUGCGUACAAUGAAACUGCGUUGAUUAUUUAUGUUUACUAUAUCUUGCAUCUAUUUGCUAACCCUUUCUUUUCAUGUUGCUCAAGUAUAUUUUGUUGCAUAUGAUUGUACAUUCUCUUGAUGAAAAUGCAUCUCUAACAGGUACCUAGAUUUUUGAUGGCGAAGAAGCAGUGUUAUGUCAUGUACAUAGGGAAGGUUCCGAGAGUGUACGACGAGUGGCCCGAGUGUCAGGCGCAAGUGGAGCGAUUCUCGGGCGCCAGACAUAAAGGGUUCAAAAGCAGACAGGAAGCAAAAGCUAGUUACUUGAGGUUCACGCUAGCGCGAGAGAGGAAUCAUGACCGCCGCCUCAUAUACUGCAUAGUUCCGCUCUCACUCAUAGUGAUAGCUCUUCUCGUCUAUAUCAUUGUUUAGAUGGAUGACGAUGUAGUUGCAAGAUUCGAGACAUGUCAUAACUUGUAUCGCUAUUUCGAGAUGGUGACGAGAGACAUCAUUUUGUGUUGGAUGAUGAUUAUGAUGAUAACAUGAUCGAUUUGAUGAGGCUA